AGUUGCUCUCUCCACGCCUGAGAAGACGUGUUGGGGCCGGGUUUGGCCCUCAUGAACUCUGACCCGAGUGGCUGGGUUUCUCUUUCCGGGACAAGAUGGCGCCGUCCACGCCGCUCCUAACAGUCCGAGGAUCAGAAGGACUGUACAUGGUGAAUGGACCACCACAUUUUACAGAAAGUACAGUGUUUCCAAGGGAAUCUGGGAAAAACUGCAAAGUCUAUGCCUUUAGUAAGGAUGGGACCUUGUUUGCCUGGGGCAACGGAGAAAAAAUAAAUAUUAUCAAUGUCACUAACAAGGAACUACUGCACUCCUUCGACCUUCCAAAGGCAGUUUGCCUUGAAUUCUCACCAAAAAACACUGUCCUGGCAGCCUGGCAGCCUUAUACUACUUCUAAAGAUGGCACAGCUGGGGUUCCCAACCUACAACUCUAUGAUGUGAAAACUGGGACAUGUUUGAAGUCUUUCAUCCAGAAAAAGAUGCAAAAUUGGUGUCUGUCGUGGUCAGAAGAUGAAACUAUUUGUGCCCGAAAUGUUAACAAUGAAGUUCAUUUCUUUGAAAAUAACAAUUUCAACACAAUUGCAAAUAAAUUGCAUCUGCAAAAAGUUAAUGAUUUUGUGUUAUCACCUGGACCCCAACCAUACAAGGUGGCUGUUUAUGUUCCAGGAAGUAAGGGUGCACCUUCAUUUGUUAGAUUAUAUCAAUACCCCAACUUCGAUGGACCUCAUGCAGCUUUAGCCAAUAAAAGUUUCUUUAAGGCGGAUAAGGUUACAAUGCUGUGGAAUAAAAAGGCUACUGCUGUGUUGGUAAUAGCGAGUACAGAUGUUGACAAAACAGGAGCUUCCUACUAUGGGGAACAAACACUGCAUUACAUUGCAACAAAUGGAGAAAGUGCUGUAGUACAAUUACCAAAAAAUGGCCCCAUUUAUGAUGUAGUUUGGAAUUCUAGCUCUACUGAGUUUUGUGCUGUUUAUGGUUUUAUGCCUGCCAAAGCAACAAUUUUCAACUUGAAAUGUGAUCCUGUGUUUGAUUUUGGAACUGGUCCUCGUAAUGCAGCCUACUAUAGCCCUCAUGGACAUAUAUUAGUUCUGGCUGGAUUUGGAAAUCUAAGGGGACAAAUGGAAGUGUGGGAUGUUAAAAACUACAAACUCAUUUCUAAACCAGUGGCCUCCGAUUCUACAUAUUUUGCGUGGUGCCCAGAUGGUGAGCAUAUUCUAACAGCCACGUGUGCUCCCAGGUUACGUGUUAAUAAUGGGUACAAGAUUUGGCAUUACACUGGCUCCGUCUUACACAAGUAUGAUGUGCCAUCAAAUGGAGAAUUAUGGCAGGUCUCUUGGCAGCCAUUUUUAGAUGGAAUAUUUCCAGCAAAAAAAAUAACUUACCAAGCAGUUCCAAGUGACGUAUCCAGUGAAGAACCUAAAGCUGCAACAGCUUAUAGACCCCCAGCUUUAAGAAAUAAACCAAUCACCAAUUCUAAACUGCAUGAGGAGGAACCACCUCAGAAUAUGAAACCACAGCCAGGAAAUGAUAAGCCAUUAUCAAAAACAGCUCUUAAAAAUCAAAGGAAACAUGAAGCUAAGAAAGCUGCGAAGCAGGAAGCAAGAAGUGAAAAAGGUCUAGAUUUGGCACCUACUCCUGCGCCACAGAGCUCAGCACGAAAUACUGUCUCUCAGUCAACCUCUGGAGACCCUGAGGUAGACAAAAAAAUCAAGAACCUAAAGAAGAAACUGAAAGCAAUCGAACAAUUGAAAGAACAAGCAGCAACUGGAAAACAGCUAGAAAAAAAUCAGUUGGAGAAAAUUCAAAAAGAAAAAGCCCUUCUCCAGGAGCUGGAAGAUUUGGAAUUGGGUAUUUAAAGAGCCACAGAAUAUAUGUUGGUUAUCGGAAAUUAGUGAAAACACAUCUUCUAUUAAGUUCAUUGGUAUAUAUGGAAUAUUCAUGUGCCCACAUUAACAUCCAAGAUUCUGUAUAUGCGUGAAAUUAUUUAAUAAUGCCAAUUAAAAUUGAUUUUUGAAUCCUGCAUCUUAUAUCAUGUUAACAUAUGAUACAAAAAAGAGACACAUGAAUUUUCUAGCUAAGCUUGACAGAUUGUAAGAUAAUGUCAUUAUUUUUUAGUAGGGGGCAGUAUUUACCUAUAAAUGAAUAAAGACGUU